CUCCAGCUCCAACGUGAGCACAACUCAGGGGCUCCGUAUCUCCUCCGCUCCCAGCGGCCAAUCCUCUCCGCCCAUCUCCGGUGACCAAUGGGCUGCGGCGUCCCCGCGCGGGGCGGAGCCCGGUCACCGAGAGGAGGCUGUGCAGGGACUCGGCGGCCAUGGCAGCUCCCGAGCCUCUGUCCCCCGCGGCCGCAGCCGAGGAGGCGCCAGAGGAGGAUGAGGACGACGCGGAGGCCGAGGACCACGAGCGCGGGGCGGUCAGCGGAGGGCGCAGUGGCAGCCUCAGUGGCACUGGAGGCAGCACAGCGGGGCCUGGGCUGGCCCUGGGGGGCGCGCUCACGAGGCGCGCGGUCACGCUACGGGUGUUGCUCAAAGACGAGCUGCUGGAACCCGGCGAGGGGGUGCUAUCUAUCUACUACCUGGGCAGGAAGUUCAUUGGGGACCUGCAGCCGGAUGGCAGGAUCCUGUGGCAGGAAACUGGGCAAAUCUUCAACUCACCCAGCGCCUGGGCGACACACUGCAAGAAGCUCGUCAACCCGGCCAAGAAGUCUGGCUGUGGCUGGGCAUCGGUCAAGUACAAGGGCCAGAAACUUGACAAGUACAAGGCUGCCUGGCUCCGCCGACACCAGCUGCAUAUGUCAGUAGCUGCUGCUGAUGAGAGUCCCACCAGCGAAGCAGAGGAGGAGGAGCUGCUGUUGGAAGAGGAGGAAGAAGAUGCGCUGGCCGGGGUCUCAGCAGAGGACAAAGGCCGCAGACCCCUUGGGAAGGGCUCCUCUGAGCCAGAGGUCACCCCCAUGGGCAAGCGUGUGGACAAAGUCCAGGUGCCAGUACGUUACUGCAUGCUGGGCAGUCGUGACUCUGCCAGGAACCCCCACACUCUGGUAGAAGUAACCUCCUUUGCUGCCAUCAACAAGUUCCAGCCAUUCAACGUGGCCGUAUCCAGUAACGUGCUGUUCCUCUUGGACUUCCACUGUCACCUGACUUGGAGUGAGGUUGUGGGCUACCUUGGUGGUCGCUGGGACAUUAACAAUCAGAUGCUGACCGUGCUGAGAGCCUUCCCCUGCAGGAGUCGGCUGGGGGACGCCGAUACUGCGGCCACUGUUGAGGAGGAGAUCCACCAGGUGCUAUUCCUUCGAGGCCUGUCCCUGGUGGGUUGGUACCACAGCCACCCACACAGCCCAGCAGUGCCCUCCCUGCAGGACAUCGAUGCACAGAUGGAAUACCAGCUGAGAUUGCAAGGCACCAGCAACGGCUUCCAGCCCUGCCUGGCCCUGCUAUGCUCCCCAUACUAUUCUGGCAACCCAGGCCCUGAGUCCAAGAUCUGCCCUUUCUGGGUGAUGCCUCCCCCUGAGCAGCAAAGGCCCAGUGACUACGGCAUCCCCAUGGACGUAGAGAUGGCAUAUGUCCAGGACAGCUUCCUGACCAAUGAUAUCCUUCAAGAGAUGGUGCUGCUGGCAGAGUUCUACAAGGGUGCUCCUGACCUUGUGAAGUUCCAGGAGUCCUGGAGCCCAGAGCAUACCUACCUAGAUAAGCUCAAGAUAUCCCUGGCCAGCAGGACUCCAAAGGACCAGGGCAUGUGCCAUGUGCUGGAGCAGGUCUGCAGCAUGCUCAAGCAGGGGAUCUGAAGUCAUGCAGACCCUGCUGUCCUGAAACAGACUGGGUAAUAAAAUACCCACAGCAUGGGCCUGUGGGUGGGGUGUGGUG